AUGCGUCGUCCAGGCACGCUGCCCGUGCAUUCGGCAAUAAACCAACGCACCAAUAACUCAAAUACUAUUUCAAACAACAAUAACAACCACAAUCACAAUCACAAUCCCUCGGCAGUAUCAACAAAUAACAUAUUUUCACCAACAUCCGGUCAAAUUGAUAACAACGCCAUAACAAGCAAUGGAUCAACACGACAUAUGAGUCAUUCGUUGCGACGCAACCCGCCGGCAUUGCCGGCACGUGCAGAUUCAUGCCGUAUUGUCAAUGACGAUCAUCAUUCAUCUCAAAAACAUUCGCCCCCGUGUCCUCAGUCAUCGUACCCUACCUUACCGAUAAACGGACACGUCUCAUCGUACUACUACCGCGAGCGUGACAGCACCGGUACCAGUUCCAGUAUUGGAACCACAACCAGGGAACGCACCAGUAUACGUGACCGCGAGCUCCCCCCAGUUCCUCACAGAAACGAGCCAAUGGAACUCGAGAUCCACGAUCAGUUGGCCGGCAAUGCCGGAUACAGAGAAUAGAUGAGACAAAUAUCUAUAGUCUAGGGAUUUUAAUUUAACUGCCGAAAAUAAAAUCAAGACUGAUAUUGAUGGUUAUCCAGCACACAGCUCCCUCCCUGCUUCCACUACCGAGGGUUAGGAAGCCUUCGUACUAAAAAGAAGCGGUUUUUUAAAACCGGGUUCGCAGUGUGCGUUAAAUAGCUGAGCGAGUUGAUGGACCGGGUAUUUAGCAAACCGUUUUUGUACCAUGAACUCGUGAAUUCUUCCCGAGGCAGCUCAUCACAGGAUCCGGGUAUCAAGUGAAGACUGAAAUAUGUCUAAUAAGACAAACAUUCCUCGGUUAUUUAUUUUAAAUGUCACAGGAAUGUUGUGAGUCACUGUAGUUAUAUUAUAUAUAUAUAUAUAUACAAAAGUAUAUAUGUAUAUAUAUAUACAUAUAAGUGUACGUAUGUUUGUGUAAUUAUUUGCGGAUGAGAUCAGAUGGGAGAGAAUGUUGCAAAUGUUUAUGAUAAGGAUGGGAAGAUAUUAUAAGAAUUCUUAGGUUCGAUAGCGGGAUAGAUAGUAAACAAAAAAAAAUAAAAAAAAAAACUAAUGAUUUAAGGAAAUGGUCUAAAGAGCGAAUUUAAUUUUUAAAACCACUUAUUUGAAGUACCUCUGGGUCUUGUAUUAUAUUAAUAAUAAAACACAUAAGAGAAGAUAUCUGUGUUAAUAAAAGCAGAUUCAUAAAAAAAUAUAUAUAUAUAUUAUAAAUAUAUGUACAUGUAUAUUAUGAUUAUUUUCUCAACAGUUAAAGAUGCGUAAUAUUAUUAAUUAAUAAAAUUAAUGAGUACAUAAUUAAUUAAUAAAUAAAUAUUUGACAUCAAACGUUAGAAAGGAGUGUAGAUUGUAGAGAACACACGUGAAAAAUAAUACUUAAUAAUAGUAUUAUUAUGAAUAUAUAUAUUUAAAUAUGUACCAGAAACGUGUUCACGCGUAAGGAAAAUAAUUAAUACUCCUGUUAAUAUCAAUGACCGCGUGAAUUUUUAGCUAACUAUCAUCUAAUUUAAAUUAUUGUUGAGUAUAAAUUUAUAAUUUCCAUUAACUUUCUUGUUUUUAUAUAAAUUACACUCGAGUGUUUGCUUUUUUUUUAUUAACUUAAUUUACGGCGGUAUUCGGACAAGCUAAUUAAUGCUUUUUUCGUGUUAUUCAGCGGAAUAUAACCGAGAGUUAAAUAAAAUAAUAAAAGUAAAAGAGAGGGAACUGAAUAAAAGAAGGAGGUAUAAGAAGGAAAGUUUUUUAGCGAAUUGAAUUAAAUGAGGAGAGAAGAGGUAACAAGCAAAUGUGGUAUCAUCACAAUGUACACUAUGUAUAUUUUCUAUGUAUAUAUUUAUACAUACAUAUAUAUAUAUAUAUAAAAGUAUGUACAGUACAAAAUGGAAUACCAUGAGCUACUGUCCCGUCACUGCCCGAAGGAAUACAGCUUCGGUUGGUGAGUGUACUCGUUGGAAUUCCACGGCCAUCUUGGCUGGUUUUGAGUAGAAAGAGGUGACUGCACCUUGAACCACUGGAUGUUGAGAGCUAAGUUAGAUCUUGUUUCUCUCUCUUCUGUCUCUUUCUCUCUACUAUUAACUCCACUUACAUUUAAGUCUCUCCUUUUUCCUCUUGGUUCUGUCGAUGUUGCAGCUCUUUGUUCACUCGCAGCUCCCACUUGCCUGGUACUUGUCUUUAGUCGCGGACUCCGCAGACCGCGAUCCGGCAAUCGAGUUGCUCGAUUUCCCAUCCAAUGGAAUGCGACUUACGCUCGCUAUUUCCAGCUCCUUUAACCAGAAUAAUCCAUUUAUUUAUUCUAUUGUCCAUUUCCUCUGUAUUUUCGUUCCCUAUUUUUUACUAUUCCUCAGCCUCUAUUAUUUUUUGUUUAUUAUUAAUUUUUUUUAAAUUUAUAAGACAGACACUGAGGAUAUUUAAGAAAUUACUCGAGUGCUCUUGAUAAUUUACUUUAUAAGACAGUAUCGGAAAUGAGAUUUCAAGUGGCCAGUAAAAAAUUUAAUUGGAAAAAUUACUUUUGAGUGCCCGACAAAUCGGCACUUUUAAAUUUCCCGCCAUUAUCGUGAAAUUUAAAAAAUACUCAAGUUAUAAAAUGAACGCAGUCAUUGAUAUUUUCAGAGAUUAAAAUUUAUGUAAAUUUAAAACUAAAUAUCGUAACUUAUCGAUUUAUUAUUAAAGUAAAAACAAUAAGUCCAUUGAGUAAAAUAUAAUAAUGGAUUUAUAUAAAUGCUAGUCAAAAUCGACUCGCCAGAGAGCAAAUUCAAAAGUUUUAAUAAAAAAAGAAAAAAGAAAAAAAAAUAUCGGUAAAGGUUAAAAAAUAAAUUGUACAAAAGGAUAAAUAUUAAAGGAAAAAAAGUUA